AGAGAGAACAUUUGGGACCUUUUUUAAUAAUUUCACCUGCAUCCACACUUAACAAUUGGCACCAGGAGUUUACUAGAUUUGUUCCUAAAUUUAAGGUGCUACCAUAUUGGGGAAAUCCUCAUGACAGAAAAGUCAUCAGGAGGUUUUGGAGUCAGAAGACCCUCUACACUCAGGAUGCCCCCUUCCAUGUGGUUAUCACCAGUUAUCAGCUGGUGGUACAGGAUGUAAAGUAUUUCCAGCGAGUCAAGUGGCAGUACAUGGUAUUGGAUGAGGCUCAGGCACUCAAGAGUAGCUCCAGGUAAUGCAAGUAGUAGAAAUAAAGUCUGUAGACUGA